CACCUGGAAGGCUGACCUGACUUGACAUCACGUUGUCUCGUCCUUGAUCUUCUCUUCCUCUCGCCAUCUUCAUCCUUCUUCUGCUUCACAAAAUAUUCUCUCAUACAGCCUCAUUUUUUGAAAGCCCUUGGUGCGAAGAAACACACACUCAUCUGCACAAUUCUCAGCCUGUCAUAUCGACUUUUCUCACAGCCGAGCUGACAAUAUCAGCCAACCUGUGUGGUCGCCUUGCAUUCAAGCGCAACGCAAGGCUGCAGGCUGCAGGGCAUCUAAAGCAACGCAAAGACCGGUAUGUUACCCAGACCCACAGCGAUAUUUAUACUUCUAUUCGUCUUUUCCUUCUUCUCUCUUCCAUCAUGUGCAACACCUCCAUACCCCUCCCGCUUUGAUAAUAUUGGGGCGAGAAUGGUGGGGUCGUGGUAUCCAUACACAUCAGCUGGGCGACUGGCUAUCAUUAGUGUGGUAGUACCAUUUGUUGCUUUUGUAUCAUACUAUUCCAAGGAACCAGACUGGAGUUCCGUCUUACAAUUCAGCAAGAAUUUCAAUCACACUCUACCCUUCCAAUCCUUCAUCAUGCCGAGCCAAAUCAAGAAACCUCGCUUCCGCACUAUUCAACAGUUCAACACAGACUAUGCACCUGUCUCCAUCUCGCAAUAUGUAUCAGAGCAAACCGGAAUGCACGUUGUGGUCUGCAACCAACAAGGUCCGAAAGUUCGUGGCUACUUCACUCUAGCUACCGAGAUCUUCGAUGACUCUGGAUCACCUCACACUCUGGAACAUCUGGUUUUCAUGGGAUCCAAGAGCUACCAAUACAAAGGUCUUCUCGACAAACUUGCUUCCAGAGCCUACUCCAACACCAAUGCAUGGACUGCCACUGACCACACUGCUUACACCUUGGACACUGCAGGAUGGGAAGGCUUUGCCCAAAUCUUACCAGUCUAUCUCGAGCACGUGAUCCUACCAACACUCACUGAUGAGGGAUGUUACACCGAGGUUUGGCACAUUGAUGGCGAAGGAAAUGAUGCCGGAGUUGUGUACUCUGAGAUGCAAGGUACUCAGAACAACGGACCAGAGAUCAUUGAUAUCAAGGCGAGAAGAUUACUCUACCCAGAGAAUGUUGGCUUCAGAUAUGAGACUGGUGGGUUGAUGGAGAAUCUUAGGGUCCUAACACCUGAACGUAUUCGUGAUUUCCACAAGGAGAUGUAUCAACCAAAGAACUUGUGUUUGGUUCUUGUAGGUGAGGUUGACAAGGAUCAUCUUCUGCAGAUUCUCGACGAGUUUGAGGAGGGUAUUGUUGAGUUCAUCCCUCCGGUUUCAGCUCCUUUCAAGCGUCCAUGGAUAGAAUCUGCACAACCGCCUGCUAUCGCCAAAACACUCGUCGAGACUGUCGAGUUCCCUGAAGAGGAUGAGUCAACAGGCGAGAUCUCAAUUGGCAUGUUUGGCCCCAACUGCAAUGACGCCGUUCUCAUCGCAGCUCUCAAUGUUCUCCUCACUUAUCUUGCUGGAUCUUCGGUCUCGAUCUUAGAGAAUAUCAUGGUUGAGAAGGAAGAGCUUGCAAGUAGCAUUGGCUGCUACUGGGAUGCUAGACCAAAUACCGUCAUCUGGCUGCAACCAAGCGGUGUACUGACAGAGAAGCUUGAAUUCGUUGAGAAGAGAGUCUUCGAACUCCUCAAAGAAGUUGCAGCAAAGCCUCUUGAUAUGGACUACAUGUUGGACUGCGUCAAGCGUGAGCGUAGACAGGUAAAGUUCCAAGCCGAGAGCUCAGCCAGCUUCUAUGCCUCCGGUGUCAUCAAUGACUUCCUAUUCGGCAAGAGAGAUGGUUCCACUCUCAAGGAUUUCGGCACUGUGUCCGAAUACGAUACUCUUGAAAAGUGGACCGAUGGACAAUGGCGAGAUUUCCUGAAGAAAUGGAUCUCGGAUGCCCCUCACAUCUCGAUUCUUGGCAAGCCCUCAAAGGCCAUGGCCGACAGAAUCAAGAGCAACGAGGAAGCAAGAAUCGCAAAGAGAAAAGAGGAGCUCGGUCCAGAUGGACUCAAAGCUCUUGCAGAGAAACUGAAGCUUGCCAUUGAAAAGAACGAUGUCGAAAUUCCCGCAUCUGUUCUUCAGAAAUGGCCAGUUCCAGGUGUCGACUCGAUCCACUUCAUCGAGUCAACAAGCGCUAGAUCAGGACUUGCAAAGAAGUUGGGUGCGCCUGAUAACAAAGCUCAAAAGGUCAUCGAUGAAGCAAAGUCCGAUCUUCCUCUAUUUAUCCAAUUCGAACAUGUUCCCACAAACUUCGUCCACUUGACACUCCUGCUGGGCACAUCCCAAGUUGCAACCGAACAUCGACCCCUCCUCCCACUUUUCAUGGACAACUUCUUCAACACUCCAAUCAUGCAAGAUGGAAAGCGCGUAGAGUUUGAAGAAGUCGUCACAAAACUCGAGCAAGACACAGUCAGUUACUCCAUGGGCGGAGCAGGUCGAAUCAACGACGCCGAGGGACUAGUAAUUCAAUUCCAGAUCGAGCCAGAGAAGUACGAAACAGCCAUCAAAUGGAUCCGCACCAUGAUGUUCGACAGCAUCUUCGACCCCGUCCGCCUCAAAGCCGGCAUGGCCAAAAUCCUCGCCGACAUCCCCGAAGCCAAACGCAACGGAAACAACAUGCUCUACGCCGUCGACUCCAUGAUCCACCUCGACAAAGACUCCAGCGUCAAGUCCCGCGGCACCCUCGUCAAAGCCACCUACAUGAAGCGCCUCAAGAAACUCCUCGCCAAAGACCCCUCCACCGUCCUCUCCUGGCUGGAAACCCUCCGCUCCUCCCUCUUCACAUUCCCCAACAUGCGCGCCCUCGUAAUCGCCGACGUCACCAAACUCCCCAACCCCGUCUCCGCCUGGUCCACCCUAAUCUCCACCCUCGACACCACACAGCCCCUCCUACCCUUUGUCAAACUCUCCCAACGCCUCAGCCCUGACGGGCAGAACCCAGGAAAGUACGGCGCAGUCAUAGUCCCCAUGGCCACCAUCGACUCCUCCUUCUGCAUCUCCACCGCCACGGGCCCCACCGACCCCGAAGACCCCAUCCUCCCCGCCCUCAUGGUCGCCAUCUCCUUCCUCGAAGCAGUCGAAGGCCCCCUCUGGACAGCCAUCCGCGGCAAGGGCCUCGCAUACGGAGCCUGGUUCAAGCGCGACCCAGACGGGGGAUUCAUCCAGUUCUCUGUAUACCGCUCACCAGACGCGUACCGUGCCUUCGUAGCUGGAAAAGCAAUCCUCGAAUCGUAUAUCGAUGGAACGGCGAAGUUCGAACAAGCUGCUUUAGAGGGAGCAAUCAGUGGUAUUGUUAUGAAUCUCGCGGAUGAGCAGACUACUAUGGCUGCUGCGGGGCAGUUCCAUUUCGUGAAUAGUGUGAUUAGGGGGUUGGAGGAGGGGUAUGAUGCGAAGAUCUUGAAGUCAGUGAGGAAUAUUACGGUGGAGGAGAUUCGGGCUGUUAUGAAAGAUGUGUUGUUGCCGGCUUUUACGCCGGGGAAGGCGAAUGUGGCGGUUACUUGUGCGCCGAUUAUGGAGGAGGGCAUAGUCAAAGGCUUCACCACCUCGGGCUUCAAAACACAAGUCCAACCCCUCUCCAGCUUCCAAGAGAGCUACGGUCUUGAAGCAGAUGAGGAUGAAGGGCAGAAUGAUGAGGAUGAGGAGGAUGAUGAUGAGGAGGAUGGAGAUGAUGAGGAUGGAGAUAGAGAUGAUGAGGGGGAGGGAGAGGUGUAGUGUAGAUGAUCAGGGGGUUUUUAGAGUGAUUUGACGGGAAGUCGUAGAAACUGGUUAGAAUGUAUGGUUGAUGGGUGGUAGGUAGCGAAUACAUAGUUUAGACUUCCCUUCCUUCCUUCCCCCCUUCCUGCCUCUUUCCUUUCUCCCCUCUCAAAUCUCAUAUCCCAUAUCCCAUAUCCCAUACCUCAUCUCAGCGACCAUCAACAUCCGACAUCAGCCCUACAAACACCUUCAACCUCCAACGUCCAACCUUCCUCCCCUUCUGAAUUUUUUUCCAAGGCGAAUUGCCGUAAUGCACACUCUCACUCACUCACUCACUCAUUAAAACGCCAACUCACUCAUUAAAACGUCAACACACUCACAGCCCAACCUUCGAAUUGUAUAUAAUAUUCAAUAUUCGAUAUGCAAUGUCUAGUGUUCAAUGAAUGCAUACUUGUAUUUACGUAUGUGUUACUAAUCUGGAUUUUGGAACUUGGUGGAAUGGUGGUUGAAAGUUCUUUCACGUUCAGAAAGAGCAGAGUGAGUAGGUAGGUGAGUGAGUGAAUUGAUGAAUUUACCGAUUUAUCAACGACAGGGGAAUGGAAUUGGAGGGUGGGUGGGUCACUGAGUAAGUCAGUGAUACAUAGGUAGGUAGGCAAGUCUUAUAUAAACCCUCCUCCUUCCCCAUCCACAUGCCCAAGUUCGGAGUUCUGGAGUCAACCGUCAACGUCUGAUCAAGAACCUGUGGAAUGGCAAUGUAUGUAUGUAACGGCCAUGUGAAACAAUUGACUUUAGUCUAGUUUGAGUGGAG